AUGCUACUGCUAGCAGUGCUAGCAAUAGCGAUAAGGCAUGUGAGCUGUACGAAGAGGAUAGACGUGAAUUCUGGAGCUACUAUUCUCAGUGGUGUAAUUUCGCCUCGUAUAGAAACGAUACGCCUUGUAUUUCUGCUGGAAGAUGAAGGUCAAAUCUUCGCACACAGCCGCUCGAAUAAUAACUUGUUCGCCUUUGGUAUCACCAACUCAGUUGUUCAGUUGGUGCUUCAGUCAGGCUCUAAUGUACAGACAUUGACUCGGAGGCUCUCCUCCUCAAGAAGUCGCUAUCAAGAGAUUCUCAUCACCUUUCCUCAAUCAGGAACUGCCGUGCUUUCGGUCAAUGGCGGAAUUCCAGUUCAAAUUACGCUUCCUCGCUUUCAACCACUCAAUAACGUCGAUCAAGGCUCAAUAACAAGAAUAGGAGCAGGAAGACUCUUUGGCUUUGGACAGAGUGCUACUGGCUGCGUUCGCAAGCUUUACAUUAAUGGACGCGGAAUAAAUCUAGAUUUUCUUUCCAGCUGCCCUCUCAGAAGAGUCGAUGAAUGUGCUCGCGAGUACUGCCUUUUUCCAGAAACUGAAGAGUGCUUUAAAACAACAGCUUGCGAUCGAGAGAUUUCUCUGAAUUUUCAACGACGUAACAUCGGCAGCAUUGUUGAAUUUUCUUCGAGCUCACAGUGGUAUCUUCAUGGAUUCAAUAUACAAGUAACAGCACCAGUCUCAUUCCAGAUUUCUCUUUCAACUAAUGCAUCGUUUUAUGAAGAAAACGAAACACCAGCCAGCUUUAAUUUACCAGUUGGAAAUCAUAGACGAUUUUUUAUGUGGCCGAUGAUAUCGAAUCGAGUAUUUUUCCAUAUCACAAGUGGAAGUAUUUCAAGAUUCCGUAUUCUCGGAGGAAGAAUAGACGAAUGUCAGCUACAGAAUGAUUUGCCCGGCCGCAGCUGGUGGAAACUUGCUAAAACAGCUAUAAGCGGCCCUUCAACAGCAUUUGAUCUCUUCAGAAAUUAUGGUGUGAUCAAUGACGAAAAUCAGCAAGCCAGAGUUUCUCAGAACACUCUCAGCUACAAAAGCAAGCUCGUUGACGAGUGGCAAAGUCUGAAUAUACGAAGAGUUGAAGUCAAUAUCAUGAGGGUGACGAAUGGAGGACCAAGAUUAGUCUAUUCUGCAAUAUAUGAUGGUGAAGGCUCGUCAAAACUCAGCUGGAUUGCAAACCUUCUCUUUGUUAUAGUUGACAUUGGAAACACGCCAGUUACUUCUUGGUCAGAGCUAUCAACAAAUUUUCCAGGAGAUAUAGUCGAGUUUCAUGCUUCGACAGUGAAUUCAACAACUGAACUUCACUUUACAAGAGCUGGAGGUCGCUUUCGAGUUCAGGACAUCAGCUGCCUACGGGACGGAAUCCAGGCGGAUGAUCCAUGUGCCGACCAGUGCAUAACAGACACUAAUUGCCAAGCGUUUCUGAUUGGAACUCAGGGAUGUUGCCUUCUUUCUUCAUUUAAUGAAACGAUCGUUGGCUUUCUUACUCAAGCUGAGAGAGAACAAGGGAUUGAAGAGUUUGAUACGAUAUUUCAAAAGACCACGCAGCCGCCUAUCAAUGUUUGGCCAGAAGGCGCUUUUGACUCGACAGAGAUGGAACGUGGAUUCCAGUGCAGAUUCAAUGGUCCAUUAUCUGAGCAGAGAGAGCUAAAUCUGCACGAAGCGUUCAACUGCGAAGAUGGCGAGAUCGCGUCAACAGUUGUAAAAUGUUCUGAACGGGGAUCACGUGGACCUCGAAUAUUGCUGAUAUAUUCAAACUACGGAAGGACUCAUUCAAAUAGAACCUGUCCUGAGUUAAGAAAUAUUCCUGAUGUGGACUGUGUAUCGCCCAUGGUUUCCCGGUUUAUCGAAAGUUCAUGUAAUGGAAAACAGCGCUGCCGUAUUGACUUGCCCCUCCUCAAAGAAAAUUAUCUUGGGGAGCACUGUGAUGUCAAUGAGGCAAUGUUUCUGGAUGUUCAGUACAGAUGCGAAGACAUUAGCCCAGCAGAAGCAAUUGAUUUUUCAUCUCUUGAUAGCAUUCGAGAGACCCCAUUGAGAGAGCUGUAUUCCGAUAUUCUUCAUAUUGUUGCUGAUCCAGAGGGAGAAGAACUUCAAAAAAAGAUUGACGAAGUUGCUGGUUCAUGUCGCGAGAACGUCACAGCCUGCCUCGCUGAAGAAAUCAAAGGAACCUCUUGGCCAACAAGCUACUGUGGAUACAUUAACACUUCAUGUCCAGAAGGAACAGUUGGGACCGCAUUCCGAGUCUGCGGACCCAACGGAUGGGAAAUGCCAGAUUUGUCCCGUUGCGUUUCGCAGAGCAAUCCAGCUGCUGUAAUUGGGACUAUUGUCGACGAUCCAGACUACUCGGCGGCGCAAUUGGCACGUUUGCAAGCUGAUUUUCUUGAGCCUGAUCACGAAAUUUUCGGAGGCGAUGUUGCUACAUCAAUCUUGAUGAUUGAUACCUUGCUACAGCUCCAGAAAGCAGAGCUCGAUGAAACGAAUGAUUUGGGAACGAUAAACAAGAAAGCUGUCCAGUUCACAGAAAACCUCGGAUCCGCUGUAUCUAAUUUGAUGGACGAGAAACAUCUUGAUGCAUGGGAAGACAUCCCUAAAGAUCAAUGGGCUGGCCGGGCCACUCAAGCGAUUGAAUUGUUGGAAGAGGCAGGUUUUUUACUGGCUCAGCAAGCUUUUGCAAAGUACAACGACUCCGACCGACCUGAGAUCAUUGAGGUUCACAGUUCUUAUCCGAACACGGCCCUUCAAGUGGCAUCAGUUUUGCCUGCAGGAGGAGACUUGCCAGAUGAAAUUCUUUUUCCCAACCAGACGAUUCCUGUCCUCCCAGAAAAUCACUGGGCCACUGAAUCAGGCGAAAUAUGGGUCCCUGUCGACAAAAGCGACCAGGAAACAACACACCAACUCGUCUUUGCUGUCUAUUCGAAUCUAGACGUUCUUUUUGGCGAAGAAAUCGAGGCAAGCUUUUUUUCUGUCGAUAUCGACGAAGAAAUAGAUGAAAAUGUUGCUUUCGACGAAGACACAGCAAACUCAUCGACUACGCUUAUGACGACACCUGGGAUAACAGAUGGUGGAAAUAAAACAACUUGUCUCGUCUUGAACAAUGGAACAGAGCGGUGUACAAGUAACGAUGAGUCGAAGCCGCAUUUGACCCUAAACAGCCACAUUAUUUCUGCGACUUUGCGUCCGCCAAAUAACGACUUUUUCCAGAUCAAGUCCGUCCAGGGCUGGUUUAUACUGCUCAAGCAUCAGCAGGCUGCGGCGCGAGAUGGGGCCGGUCAGUGCGUUUACUGGAACACGACAGCACUCCGCUGGUCGGCAGCGGGAUGCAACGCAAUCGAGAGCAAUAAAACACACACGGUUUGUCGCUGCAAUCAUUUAACGCACUUCGCAAUUUUGAUGGAUGUUAAUGCCGUUACUGCCGUUAUGGAUGCAAUCGACAUAUUGGUUCUCACGAUAAUCACAAGGAUCGGACUCAUUGUUUCCGUUGUUGCACUGGCCAUGGCCACGUUCUGCUUUACUUUUAUCCCAAACAUGAAAAACACCAGGACAAUUAUUCACAGGAAUUUAUCAUUCUCUUUGUUGAUCGCGGAAAUUAUAUUUUUGCUUGGCAUUGAAUAUCAAGAAGGCGAAUCACCUGCUGUCUGUGGUGUUAUCGCCGGCUUCAUUCAUUACUCUUUCUUGGCUGCAUUCAGCUGGAUGGCACUUGAAGGAAUUCAUUUAUAUCUUUCGCUAAACCAAGUUUUUAACGUCGAUAAUCCAGACAAAAUGCAUUAUUACUACGGCUUUGGAUAUGCGUUGCCAUUGAUUAUUGUUGGAAUAACCUCUUUAGUCAAAUAUGAUCAUUACGGUGAUCCAGAGCGUGGACAUUGUUGGAUUAAAGCAAAUGAAUUCAUGAUCUGGAGCUUUGCCGGACCCGUCAUACUCGUCGCACUCAUCAAUUUCGUUUUUCUGGUGUCGGCGCUGCGAGUCGUCGCCACCCAUCGCAAGCACUCCACUAGAUCGGCUUCAAAGCUAAGCACAUGGUCAGGCUGGAUUAAAUCGAGUGUCGUCCUACUCAGUUUACUCGGUAUAACAUGGGGCCUUGGAGUUUUCUUCGUCAACGUCGAAACAACUUUUGUGGCGUAUCUCUUUACAAUAACUAAUUCACUACAAGGUCUCUUCAUCUUCAUUUUCCACUGCGCAAUGAACGAGAAGCUGAUAAUCGAGUUGAGCCGACUAACAAAACGAAGCAGAUUCUGUCCAGCUUUCGUCCAGAACCGAUACGAUCUCAGAAAGUGGAGACCGUCCAGUAGCAGCUCCCAAGGAACGUCAAGUGGGACUCGGCGUACGAUUUCAUCCAAAUUGUCGGUGAACCCCUCGUCUAGCGGCCUCGGCGUACUCGACGACACUUAUUUCCAUUCCGUCACCUUGCCUGCUGACCAAAGCAACAUCGGACAAGAAGAUUUACAGCCACGCAAAAGAACAGCGAUAAGUCGAAAAGAACCCAAAUGGGUUCGAAACUCGGAACAAUUCAACGAAGAAAUUGAUAAAACAGUUGGCCCGACUGGGAUGAUCAACAAAGCCUUUGACGGGAAAAUUGAAGAAUCGACAGUUUCCCCCUCUGUUGCAAUGGCUGGGCGAAUUUCAACGAUGCACCUGGUGGAGGAACAAAGUGCCCUGUGA